AUGUUGUCAAGUAAACAAAAGAAGAACAACAUGAACAUGAACAACAUGAACAUGAACAUGAACAUGAACAUGAAUGUCAUCACAGUCGUCACAAGAUGUGCCAUUCUGAGCCUUUUGAUGCCAACACUGGCUUCAGCUUUGCUUUCUCCUAGCACAAGCACAAGCACAAGCACAAGCAUUAGCAUUAGCACAAGCACAAGCAUUGGCACAAGCAACAAAGCAAAGUCCGACUCUUUGACGUCGCUUCACUUUCACAAUCCCAACCUGGAUCACAUGGACAGUCAAGGCGCUAGUCAUGGCAAUUAUAACAGCAACGAUCGUCCAAUGUCGCUGGGAAACAGAUUCCGAACAGUGCCAAAACCUUAUUAUCAUGAUGCGGGCGUUCCGCAUCAUAAAUCGGCUCGUUCGUUGAGCUCUCCUCCGUUGUUUCGGUCCUCACCGUCGUCGUCAUCGUCAUCGUCGUCGUUUGCUUCGGCAGCAUCGUCGUCGUCGUCUUCUUCUUCUGACUAUUCCGAUUACGGUACUCAGAAUGUCUAUUGGUCUGACAUUAAUGGCUUUCCACAGGGCAAUGAUGUCAUUGAUCACGAAGCGAUGCCUUCGAUGCAAGAUAUGCGAACCAAUGGAAUUGGAGGCAUUCCGCCCUUUCAAUCCAAUGCUCAAAAUUAUUACAAUAGUAAUAAUAAUAAUAAUCAUGGUGGUGGUGGCAUGAAUGGUGGUGACUUUGGCGACCGUCGCAUGGAUCGUCCAUAUGGUCAAGGGGCUCGUGGUAGAUAUGGUGAUGGUGGUGGUGGCGGUGGCUAUGGCAUGCGAGAGAAUGACUUUCCUUCUCUCAUGAAUGAAAUGAUGCCACCACCAGGAGGCAUGAUGGGUGGCCGUGGUGCUGGUGGAUAUGGUCAACAAGAAUAUCCCAUGCCCUAUAAUGGUGGCGGAAUGAAUGGUAUGAUGGAACCUGGAAUGAAUGGUAUGAUGGAACCUGGAAUGAAUGGCGGCACCAUGGGUAUGGGUAUGGGUAUGAACAUGCCGCCACGUGGUGGAGAAUGGGGAUUCCAACAAAUGGGAAUGGGCCCUGGUGGCGAACGUUGGGGACGUGAAGGAUAUGGUUACGGCGGUCCACCACCAGGAGGAGCAGGCUUUGGACAACAACAGCCACAACAACAACAACAACAAUGGGGCAUGGAUCCUAUGCAAAUGCAAGGACAAGGACAACAUUUUGGUGCUGAGCCAUUUCCAGGUGGUCCAGGUGGUGGGGGUUUUUGGUAA